GAAACUGAGAGGAGCCACCACAACAAAACUUCUCCAACAAUCAAGCAAGUGGAACUACAGACUGACUUCUCUCCUUUUUCUCCCCGCAUGGCCGCUGAGUUCCUGCAAUUAUAACUUCAGUGUAAAGUUCUGGUGGCGGAGGCAGAGGGGGGGAGGGGGGGGUCUCCGCUUGGAAAGAUGGACCAUUUAAUAAGGACCAAGUCGCGCAGGAGAAUACCGCUAUUUAUUUGUAUCCUGCUUCACGUGACGACGACACACACUGCUGAUCCCAUUGAUGUUCUGCAAGUGCUGGAACUGUCAGAGUACAUGGACGGGGUGUCUCUGGAGACUGGUCUCUGCACCAGCAGGAGGGGCUUUGAGGAGCCGGACCUGGCCUACAAGAUAGACAAAAAGAUUCAGCUCAGUGCUCCAACCAAACAGAUUUUCCCUGAUUCAACCAUAUUUCCUGAGAAUUUCUCCGUGAUGGCUACAGUGCGAGCUAAAAUGGGCUCCCAGUUCUUCCUGCUUUCAGUGUAUGAUGACCAGGGGGUGCAGCAGCUGGGCCUGGAAGUGGGCCGUUCACCCGUCUUCCUGUACGAGGACCAGCAUGGGCAGCCCACACCAGAAAUGUAUCCCAUCUUCAAAAAGAUCAACCUGGCUGAUGGAAAAUGGCACAGGAUAGCCUACAGUGUGCAGGGCAAGUCUGUGACCCUCUACCUGGACUGUCAGCGGAAAGAGACCCUGGAUCUGCUGCGAGGGGACAACGCUGUAGUCAGCACAGCAGGUGUCACUGUGUUUGGGACACGGCUGCUGGACGAAGAUGUAUUUGAGGGAGAUAUUCAGCAACUACUCAUCCUGGAGGACCCGCAGGCUGCUGCUAACUACUGUGUAAACUACAUACCAGACUGUGACUCUGCUUUGCCCUACAACAGCAAAUCCCUGGCCCUGCAGGAGAACUCCCAACUCAGGUCUGAUUUCCUAAAGCAAAGUGACCAGCCUGAUGAACCAAAGGAGCACUCCAAAAAGGACAGGAAAGGCAAAAAGAAGAGGGACAAGGGCUCUAAAGGCAAACGCAAAGGCAAAGGCAAGGGCAAGAAGAGAUCCAGAAAGAAAAAACAUGAAGAGGAGGGUCUCGAGGAUGGCUUCCUCAGAGUGUCCACAACAGUGCCUGAGUAUCUAUCCCAAGGACCUUUUCAGCCAACAGAUUUGCCAGAAAUCCCCACUGAAGUGCUCGACGAGACCCUCAUGGAGAUGCCCACACAUGAACCUGACUCCACAGCUGAGGCCCCCACUGUGGUGCCCAGCACUUUGCCUGAAUCAAAGGUCACUGAGGAGGAGGACAGGCCAGUGAAGAAGCCAGUUAUAGAGGAGCAUGGAGAGGACCUUUACGGUGACCUCUACGACGAUCCCUCAGUUUCUACGGUAACAGAUGGCCCGAUUGUUAAUGAAUACGCGGUUCUCGAGUAUGAAGAUUACAAGAAUGACACGGAGUCAGAGUACGAAGAGUACGAGGUAUAUGACGACGGCUUUGAAUUUGCGGAGCGGGAAAGUGCAGAGACGUGGGAUGGAGAGGUUAGCCUCAGAGCAGAGAAGGGCCAGAAGGGAGAGCCAGCUAUUAUUGAGCCGGGUACAUUAGUGGAAGGACCCCCAGGGCUACCAGGGCCACAGGGCCUCACUGGCCCACCUGGACCAACAGGCCCUCCAGGACCAUGGGGAGAUCCUGGCGAAUUGGGUCCCCAAGGACGUCCUGGUCUUGCUGGGGUUGAUGGGAUUCCAGGUCCUCCAGGAACCCUGUUGAUGCUACCAUUCCAGUAUGGUGGUGAUUCCCAGAAGGGACCAGUGAUGUCUCCCAUGGAGGCACAAGCACAGGCUAUACUGCAACAGACCAAGCUGUCACUGAAGGGACCUCCAGGUCCACUGGGUCUAGCAGGGCGACCAGGCCCACUGGGAGUACCAGGUCCCACUGGGCUCAAAGGGGACAGCGGAGAAAGUGGCCCUUCCGGAUCGCAUGGGUUGCAAGGCCCUCUAGGAACUAAUGGAAAGCCAGGAAAGAGGGGGCGUGCAGGAGGUGACGGAGGUCGUGGAGCUCCAGGAGAAGCAGGAUCUAAGGGUGACAGGGGUUUCGACGGCCUGCCAGGUCUCCCAGGAGACAAGGGACACAGAGGGGACAGAGGAAAGCCGGGUCCUCGUGGGCCUGUUGGAGAGCCAGGAGAAAAGGGAUCUGAUGGACCUGCGGGGACAAGAGGGCAACCAGGCGAGCCCGGUUCUCGGGGUCUUGUUGGGCCAAGGGGACCAGCUGGCCCACCUGGUCAGUCGGGUAUUCGUGGAACUGAUGGAGUACAAGGGUCAAAGGGCAACCUGGGUCCAUCUGGAGAGAUAGGGCCCCCAGGUCAACAGGGAAAUCCAGGAGUCCAGGGCUUGCUUGGUCCUCAGGGUCCCAUUGGAUUGCCAGGAGAGAAGGGUCCGCAGGGGAAACAAGGCAUGCUGGGACUACCAGGCAUUGAUGGCCCAACCGGUCAUCCAGGAAGAGAGGGCCCCGCAGGAGAGAAAGGCAUCCAAGGUUUACCAGGCGCUCAGGGGCCCGUUGGGUACCCAGGGACCCGUGGAGUCAAGGGAGGAGAUGGAGUUAGGGGUCUAAAGGGAAGCAAAGGAGAGAAGGGGGAAGAUGGCUUCCCUGGGUUCAAAGGUGAUAUGGGCAUCAUGGGAGACAGGGGUGAUAACGGAGGUUCUGGUGCUCGUGGAGAGGAUGGACCAGAAGGGCCAAAGGGCCAAACAGGACUCUUGGGAGAUUUAGGAGCUCUCGGGAUAGCUGGCGAGAAGGGUAGACUUGGUGUGCCUGGAUUGCCAGGAUACCCUGGCCGACAAGGUCCUAAGGGAACACUUGGCUUCCCCGGUGGGGCCGGGGUCUCAGGAGAGAAAGGACGAAGGGGUCCAGCUGGUCAGCCGGGGCCCGGGGGCCAAAGAGGUCCUAAUGGAGCCCGGGGGGGAAGAGGAGCAAAGGGGCCCACUGGAAAGCCUGGAGAAAAGGGUUCUGCUGGACAAGAGGGUCCUCCAGGUUCCCCCGGAGAACAGGGCCCCCAAGGACCACAGGGACGAAACGGUGAACCAGGACUUCGAGGGACCAAUGGUCCACCCGGAAAAGAUGGAUUACCGGGUCAUCCAGGCCAGAGAGGGGAACCAGGCUUCCAAGGCAAAAAUGGACCCCCCGGCCCCUUAGGUGUUGUAGGACCACAGGGCAAUUCUGGUGAGACAGGACCAACUGGAGACAGAGGCCAUCCAGGAUCGCCAGGACCACCUGGUGAGCAUGGUUUACCGGGAUCUGCCGGAAAGGAGGGUGCCAAGGGAGACCCAGGUCCAUCAGGAGCCUCAGGGAAAAGUGGCCCUACUGGGCUGCAAGGCUUCAGAGGGAGCAGAGGGACCCCUGGUGCAAUGGGUCCUGCAGGUCUGAAGGGAGGAGAGGGCCUACCUGGUGUCGCAGGACUUAUUGGUGCCACUGGAGAGAGGGGCCCCGCUGGGCCGACAGGUGCUAUUGGCCAGCCAGGACAGCCCGGCGGCGUGGGUCUUGCUGGGCCGAUGGGAGAGAAAGGCGAGCCAGGAGAAAAGGGGCCUGUGGGGCCGGCUGGGCAUGAUGGGGAACUGGGACCGUUCGGGCUGCCCGGGGCUGCGGGAUCUCCUGGGCCUCCAGGAGAGGACGGAGACAAGGGAGAGACAGGAGGACCAGGCCAGAAGGGCAGUAAAGGAGACAAAGGAGAAGCUGGACCCCAAGGACCUGUUGGAAGUCAAGGGCCUGUGGGCCAACAAGGACUGCCAGGUGCAGAUGGUGAGCCAGGUCCUCGUGGGCAGCAGGGCAUGAACGGGGUGAAAGGAGAUGAAGGACACAGAGGCUUUAAGGGAGCAUCUGGUCCUUCUGGUCUACAGGGAAUGCCAGGACCACCAGGGGAGAAGGGAGAGAGCGGGCAUGUUGGCUCGAUGGGGCCUCCAGGACAGCAUGGCCCACGAGGCCCUCAGGGGUCCAUUGGUAGAGAGGGCCCACCUGGAAUGUCUGGUGGAGUUGGUCAGCCUGGGAUUGUUGGAGAGAAGGGUGAGGAUGGAGAAGCUGGAAACCCUGGGUCAGCUGGAGAGCUUGGCAUUGCUGGUGCUAAAGGUGAUGUGGGGGAAAAGGGCGACUCUGGCCCUCACAGUGCAGCGGGGCCUCCAGGACCCAGAGGAACACAAGGGGAGGACGGCCCCAAAGGCAACCCUGGCCCUCUUGGAUUCCCCGGAGAUUCAGGACCUCCCGGAGAAUCUGGCGUCAAUGGAGUAGAUGGUGGACCGGGGCCUAAAGGAGACAAUGGAGAAUCUGGCAAAGCAGGACCUCCAGGAGCCUCUGGAGAGCCAGGUCCUUCAGGACCUCCUGGACGGAGGGGCUAUAUAGGUGCUGCAGGAAAUGAAGGGAAGCAAGGCAUGAAGGGAGCCAAGGGGACAACAGGGACCCAUGGUCCAGUGGGGAAGACAGGCCCAGUGGGACCCCAAGGCCAGCCAGGGAGGUCUGGCCCGGAAGGUCUUCGAGGCAUCCCAGGUUCAGCGGGUGAGCACGGGUUAAAUGGGCCACCAGGACAAAUUGGACCACCAGGACCAAUAGGGCCACAAGGACUUCCAGGAUUAAAAGGAGACCCUGGAAACAAGGGAGACAAAGGUCAUGGUGGGUUGAUCGGCCUAAUUGGCCCCCCAGGAGAACAUGGCGAGAAGGGAGACAGAGGCCUUCCUGGGAUCCAGGGUACACAAGGGCCUAAAGGAGACAAGGGUACGCCCGGCACACAUGGUCCCACUGGCCCACUGGGAACACCUGGACUGUCAGGUACAGCUGGCGAUAAGGGAUCGAAGGGAGAAAUAGGUUUUGUUGGUCCCAGAGGAGAUCGAGGCCUUGCUGGACCCCCAGGGCUCCCUGGACCCCCUGCGACAAUUAUUGAGCCUCUGCCUAUCAGAGAGGGCAGGCGGAAGAGACGAAGGCACUCCGAUCGGGCAGGAGGAGCCGCUCCAUUCAGAGAGGAGGACGUGGAUCUGGAGGAGUUACCCCAGGGAGAUCAGCCUCUGGAGGACGCCGAGGGAAUGGAAGAGGUCUUUGCCAUCCUAUCUUCCAUGAAAACGGAAGUAGAGGUGAUGAGGAGGCCCUUGGGAUCCUUUGAGAGCCCUGCCCGGACCUGCAAAGAGCUCAUUAUGGUCCAACCGGGCUACAAAGACGGAGACUACUGGAUUGAUCCUAACCAGGGCUGUCACCGAGACUCCAUCAAGGUCUACUGUAACUUCACAGCUGAUGGAGAGACAUGUCUCUACCCUGACAAGAGGAUUGAGAAUGUGAAAUUAGCAGCGUGGAACAAAGAGAAGCCAGGAAGCUGGUACAGCCAAUACAGGAAAGGCAAGCAGUUCUCCUACAGUGACAGGGAUGGGAACCCUGUGCAUGUAGUUCAGCUGACCUUCCUGAAACUACUGAGUGCCACGGCCAAGCAGAGCUUCACCUACACCUGCCAGAACUCGGCAGGCUGGUUUGACAGAACCUCUCGUUCCCAUCAGCGUGCCCUCCGCUUUCGGGGCAGCAAUGACGAGGAGUUGACACAGGCCAAAAGCCCCUUCAUCAAUGCGGUGCAUGAUGGAUGCCAGUUCCGCAAAGGUCAGGAAAGGACUGAACUAGAGAUCGACUCUCCCUCGGCAGAGCUGCUCCCUAUUAUAGAUGUGGCUCCAGCAGACUUUGGCAACAGCAACCAGAAGUUUGGAUUCCAAGUUGGACGAGUAUGCUUCAACGGUUAACAUCUUGCCAACAACAAACACAAAAUAAAAGAGACCUGCACAAAGUUUUCACUUAAGGAAAUAGGACUUUUACCGCUGCCCCAAGCAGUAUUUAUUCUUCAUGUUCCUGUAUGUGGUGGGUUUGUGGUAUAUCAUUUAAGACUAUUCAACAGCCAAUGAGAUUGGUUCUAUGGCUUUACAACAAGAAGAAGAAUGAUGAGAAAGAGGAUGUGUACCAGUGGGAACAAAACACAUUUACCAAAGGGAAAUAUUCCAAUUAAAUAUAUUUAAUUUCAAGUGUUUUUCGUUGUCUUUUUCUCUCACUGUUUGAGUGUGCUGUAAAUGAUCCUCUAGAAUUUUGAGGACUGCACAACUUGAGGAUGACCACUUACAAAGACAGACGUGUAUGUUCCCGGAGAGGAGCGGUCUGUCAUUCUGUGGUAUGGGUCAGCUAAGUGGGACUUUUCAGACCUUGGAUGAACUAGUUGCUACCUAAUGCUUAACAAAGACUGCGGCUGAAUAAAUCAGAAACGUUGUCGUACUCAUUUGCAUGCUCAGAUUUUGCUAUAGUGACAAUUGCAUAGCAGUUGUGAACUAGCCUAGCAUAUUAAUUCCACACAAGCACCAUAAUUAAUUUCCUGUGUGCAGGAAUGAUAUAUUGUCCUUUUUACCCUUCAACUGCAGUUUGCUCAGUGAAUUACAUUGAUUAGUAUUCAAAAGGCGUAGCUAGUUAUUGAACCCGACACUUACUUGAACGGAUAAGGUUGUUUCCUUUAUUGGACUGCUUCCCUCCAUGGGUUUGAUAAUAAGCCUUUUGAGCCCUCCAUCUUCUCAAGGGCUACAGUAGUUUAUGUCAGACUAACACCCUUUUUACUGCGGUAUAUAUGACAUACCUCUGCAACUAGGUUGGGGAUAUUCCAGGGCAAGAAUUAAGAGCAUGUUGAUUAAAACAGUCUUAACUGCAUUAGUUCUUUAUACCGAGAGACGCAUCUCUUGAAAGCAUUGCUGACGUAACCGGUUUUCACAUUUUUCUCACCUACUCCGAGGUUUCUGUUUCUCUGUUUUUGUUCAUAUAUUGAAAUUUCUAAAGAAUGUGUUGCUGUUCAUUUGAUAUGAUUUGCUCUUUAGUGGUGCUAAAAGUGAUUCUAUUGUUUUUGUGUCACUGUGUUUGUGUGUCUCUGUGGGCAGGAUUAUAGGACGAGAGAGAUAGAGGGUUAUUGCUCUUUCAGCAGCACGAAACGCCCUCAGAGGCCGAGGACUAGUCUACUGUGUUUUUUUGUCCAUCUUCUGGCUGAUGGUGCCAAUUUCACAGGGCCAGUGAAAAGAGGUUAGGGACAGUUCAGAGCGUGGUUGAUCGCUUUAAAAGGGAAAAUCCAUCUUACACGAAUCCAGACAACUGUCUAUCGAAACUAGAAAUUGCAGCAUCAAGACUGGAGUUAAUGGUGUCAUCAUGUUACAUUUUGAGAAUUUUAUCCAUCUUAGAUUUUAUUUUUUUUAACAUUUCUUUCAGAUUACCUUUACAAAUUGUAGAGCUGUGAAUCAGAAAUUGUCCUCACAUCCCAGGGAAAUUACCACGGGUGCUAUUAUAGUGCCACGUUAUUCCAUUAUUCACAGUCUGUGCAGCAGCUCCAGGAUUUGUGUUCAGAUGACAUUAUUACUACAGUCUGUCUCUGUAUGUCGGCUUAAACAGAGACUUCUUCAAAUUAUUAAAUGGCAGCCGUGAAAUAUUACAGAAAGGACAUAUGCAUGUGAAUUCUAUUUUACGAAUGAUUUUCCGCUUAGCAAAUUAAAUGUUAAUGCUCCGUCUACCUCCUACUCAAACAGUUGACUGUGUGCCCAACGUGUGUAAUUUUGCAAUUCACUCCCGCUGUUCUAUUCUUUUCACGGCGUUUAAUUAAACAUUCUAGUAAUUAACUCCUCUCCUCCUGUCCCAUCCCGCGCUGCCCAUCCUGUGUAUAGUGUUUGUUGUACUAACUUUACAUACUGUACAGUUAUUCUGAGGCCUGAAUGAAAAACAAAUGUAUUUGUCAAAAAUUGAUGUGCGAAUAAAA